AGUGACGUAAAGGCUUUCUUCUUCUUUCCCUUUUUUUAGUCACUGGAAAAACUCUUUUAAGAUUUGUUUUAUUUACCCAUAAUAAAAUGCAUUACAGUUCGGUGUAGAAGCUAAAUGAAGGUCCAGUUUCUGUCAAAGAGUUCGUGAAUCGAAUCGGAGAUGGCUUUUUCUCAGCCUUUGUCUUCUUCGUCUCUCUCGAUGAUGAAUCGGAGCUUUGUAGCUAAGAGCUCGGUGUCAGCAAGUCUUUCUCUCAACAAGUCUUUAAAGAUUCGAUUCCAUAAUCGUUGGAGCUUCAACGGAGGAUCAAGAAUCGUUCUUUUCCCAUCCAAUUCGUCCUCCCUUGUUCACAAGAAACGCUCCUGCGUACGAGCUUCAUGGAUGGCUACGUCUCAGAUCGCAAGCAGUGUAUUUGCUGUCGGAACAACCGCGGUUCUUCCUUUUUACACUCUGAUGGUUGUAGCUCCUAAAGCUGAAAUUACCAAGAAGUGUAUGGAGAGUAGCAUACCGUAUGUCGUCUUAGGCGUAUUAUACGCGUAUUUGUUGUACCUUUCUUGGACACCCGAAACGCUCAAAUACAUGUUUUCCAGUAAAUACUUGUUGCCAGAGUUGUCUGGAAUAGCGAAAAUGUUUUCAAGUGAAAUGACUCUUGCUUCUGCUUGGAUUCAUCUUCUUGUUAUUGAUCUUUUUGCUGCUAGACAAGUUUUUAAUGAUGGCUUGGAGAAUAAGAUCGAGACGAGGCACUCGGUUUCACUUUGCCUUCUCUUCUGCCCGGUUGGAAUCGUUUCUCAUGUGGUAACCAAAGCUUUGACCAACAGUUCUACAUCCAAUACCAACAACCAGUGCAAGUAAACUGAUCAUCUUGGUUGGUCUCUCAUCAUUGUCUUUCUUAACUGCUUAUAAAGAUUUUUGUUUGAGAGAGUUCGUUUUGCUUUAGCUUCGGUUAAGUUACAACAGAACGAGUUUGUUGUGGAUUUAGUUCUUGACAACAUCAAAUAAGACCAAACAAUUUGAGAUAAUGUUCUUACUAUUUGGUAGCCAGAUCAGUCACAGA